CGCGCUUCUUUUAGUCGAGUUUAUUCGCUUCGUUAAUAUUUAGUCUUCGUAUGGAUGACACCGGGAUUUAAACGAGAGCAGGAAAUCUUUUGAGGAAGUGGAGUGACAGCCUCGGUGUAAAUCAAGAUGGCAGGUCUGUCUUUAUAUUUCGAAGAUGGCCAUGAUGAUUUGGACGACUUUGGAUUCGAUGACUACGGUUCAGAGUGCGAUGGGAUUCGGAUAACAGCGUUUCUGGAUGCAGGCCAGGAUAACCUCACCCCUUUGGGUCGACUGGAAAAAUAUGCUUUUAGCGAAAACGUCUUCAAUAGGCAAAUUGUGGCACGGGGAUUGCUAGAUGUGCUCCGGGAGUUCAGUGAGAACGAAAAUGACUUCAUCAGCGUCAUGGAAACGGUUGCCAGAAUGUCUGAGGAUGGAGAACCAACAGUGAGAGCUGAAUUGAUGGAACAGGUGCCAAACAUUGCUAUGUUCCUCCACGAAAACCGCCCCAAUUUCCCAGAAGCCUUCUCGCGGUAUCUAGUACCUAUUGUGGUCCGCUAUCUCACAGAUCCUAAUAACCAGGUGCGAAAGACGAGCCAGGCUGCCCUGCUGGUUCUUCUUGAACAGGGUCUGAUGAGUAAGGCUGAUAUGGAGGGAAGGGUCUGCCCUGUGCUACUGGAGCUCACAGAACCCAGCAGCGAUGACGACUAUAAGAUUGAGGCUGUAGCGAUCAUGUGUAAAUUGGUGACUAUGUUGACUAAAGACACAGUGGAACACCUUCUUUUGGUGCGAUUCUGUGAGCUGUGCAGCGAUGCAAGACUGUUUCAAGUCCGCAAGGUCUGUGCAGCAAACUUUGGGGAGUUCUGUUCUAUUGUUGGCCAGGAAGCCACAGAGAAACUAUUGAUGCCUAAAUUUUUCGACUUGUGCUCGGAUAGUCUGUGGGGUAUUAGGAAAGCCUGUGCUGAGUGCUUCAUGGUUGUUUCAAACUGCACUUCUUCAGAGGUGCGGCGUACUAAAUUGUCCCCGUUGUUCAUCAAUCUCAUCAGCGAUCAGUCACGAUGGGUGCGGCAGGCUGCAUUCCAAUCUCUAGGUCGUUUUAUCUCCACGUUCGCCAAUCCUUCAAUCACAGGAUUGCACUUCUGUGACGAUGGAACCCUUCGUGAGAUAUUUAAGAUCUCUGAGAGCAGCUCGAAUAACUCCUGCAACGCCUCCAAUUUAAGUUCCUCAGAACAUCUCAUUCAGCCCGAUUCACACCAGCAGCACACCACCUCCGAAAAAUCAGCUCCACCAUCACAACCUCCACAUGGCCACCAGAAUCCAACGAGUUACUCAUCCAAACCUCAUGAAGACAGUUCUGUCCAGGGCCUGUUUAGACACACAAACCAGCAGAUGGAUGACUGUACGAUGUACAGCUCCUUUAACUACUGGAGAUCCCCGCUGCCCGACAUCACCCAGGACCUCCAGCUACUACAGGAAGAUGAGCGAGAUGAGGAGGACGGAGACGUGUUGAUGGAGGAAGUCGGAGACCAAGAAGAAGCACAAGGUGAUGAUAUAGAAAAGCCUCCAAGUUUAGAUGCUCAAGGCCCGGCCACCAGCUUGCAGAUCCAGAAGGUUUUGGACUGCCUUCAACCUCACCUAGAUAAUCCUGAUGUACAAGCACAAGUACAGGUGUUAUCCGCUGCGCUGAAAGCAGCUCAGCUAGACAGCCAGACAGAAGAUGCGGAAGAUUCCUUAUCAGACAGUAACGGUUCUGUGGGUUCUCCAACGUCGGAGGAGCUCAGUGCCAUGAGCGAGCUUUCAUUAACAGAUGCACAGAUAUCAGACUCGCCAUCUACUUCACCUGUAGAUGAUUCUGAACCCAGCAGUGAGGAGUCGGAACUGAUAGAAAAUGUAGAGGAAGCGAAAGACUCUGACAUCAACAAAUCUUCUGAAGAAGAGAAGUCUAAAGUUCAGAAUGUCAUUCCACAGCAGUUGUUGGAUCAGUACCUGUCCAUGACAGACCCAGCUCGAGCUCAGACUGUGGACACCGAAAUCGCCAAACACUGUGCUUUCAGUCUGCCAGGUGUCGCCCUGACACUGGGCAGACAGAACUGGCACUGCCUGAAAGACACAUACGAGACCCUCGCAACAGACGUGCAGUGGAAGGUGCGUCGGACGCUGGCGUUCUCCAUCCACGAGUUGGCUGUGAUUCUGGGAGAUCAGCUAACCGCAGCUGACCUGGUGCCCAUAUUUAACGGCUUUCUUAAAGAUCUGGAUGAGGUGCGGAUAGGAGUCCUCAAACACCUUUAUGACUUCUUGAAGCUGCUUCAUUCAGAGAAGCGUCGAGAAUAUCUCUAUCAGCUGCAGGAGUUCAUGGUGACGGACAACAGCCGAAACUGGAGAUUCCGCUAUGAGCUAGCAGAACAGCUCAUCCUGAUCAUCGAGUUGUACAGCCACAAUGAUGUCUAUGACUACCUCAGGCAGAUAGGGCUUAACCUCUGCUCUGACAAAGUAUCUGAAGUGCGGUGGAUCUCGUAUAAGCUGGUGGUGGAGAUCUUGCAGAAGCUUUAUUCCUGUGGAGCUCAUGACCUUGGUCAUAAUUUCAUUAAUGAGCUUGUUAUGAGAUUCUGUCACUGUCCCAAAUGGGUUGGGCGGCAGGCGUUCGCGUUCAUUUGUCAGGCGGUAGUGGAGGAGGACUGUAUGCCCAUGGACCAGUUUGCGCAGCAUCUUCUACCCAGUCUGCUCAGCCUCUCGUCAGAUCCUGUGGCCAACGUACGCGUGCUGGUCGCCAAGGCUUUAAGACAAAGCGUGUUGGAAAAACCGUACUUCAAGGACCCAGGCAGUGCAUACUCUGAUGAGCUCGAGGAGGCUCUGUCUGAACUGAGGAUGGACAAGGACCGGGACGUGCGGUUCUUCGCCACACUGGAUCCCAACAGGAACUUGCUGGACACGGCAGCGCUCAUUUAGCAUCUUUUGCUGUCUGCACACCAGAACAAGCACCAGCAAGAACAACACUAAAUACAAUUUAAAUUGACAAGUGUUUGAAAAUAGGAAUUGUCCAGACACUCGCAGUCGUGUCCCAAACACACUUUCCAUACAAGAGAACAUGUGCACAUUAUGCAUUCUUAUACACAAAAUGGGCCUCUUUUAUGAAACAAAGUGGCUAAAUUCACACAAUGAACCCUUAAAACGCAAGUUAAUAUCCAAAUACAAGAUGUUUCCUAAUCAAUAUGUUAAUAUGUAGAAGAUCUUUAUUAUGAAAUAUUGUACAGCAAAUACAUUCUACGGAACAAAAUUUGUCUAAAGGACAAUUAAGGAAUUUGUCAUCAUCGUCUGUGCCUCUGAUUGUCAGAUUGAAAUAUCAAAAACGCUGCUAAUUGGAUGUAAACAGUAAUGCAACGACAAAUGUUUUUAUGCAGUUGUCACAUGCAUGCAUUUGUGUUUUAUAAACGAGGCCCAUGCAUCUCAUAUAGACGUCUAGCACCACCUUAACACACACACACAUCUGCAAACACAAUAACCUCACCUCUGGCUUCUCUCUGAACCAUGCAAGAUUUCAGUUUGCACCAUCACGGCAGCAAAAAGUAUUUGAAGAGACGAGACGAACUUCAGCAUCCGUGGAUCCUUUGUUUUCUAUCAAACUGUUCAGAUGCUAGCAGCUGCCCCUCCAAAGCUAGAUGUACAUUCAUGAGACUUUUUUUGUGGAUUCUUAUAAAAAAGACUUAAAAACAUGAGCAGACUUACACGAUGAAGUGCUACUAACUCAGGGAGACCUGACAGAUUUUUUUAAGCCGCAAUGCCGGUAUCGAGCUGAGCCCAAGUGAUGCUGCAGGAACAUUUGCUGCAUUUACCAGCCUCCUGUUCACCUGACCCUCAGGAUUCAGUCGAAUUGUUGCGGGAAUCGUCUUUUACGAAAAACAACAACAGCAAACAGACAUGUCUUCUCGAAUUUUUGCGGCUCAGAAAAGAAACCCCCCCUUCUUUUUUUUUUUGCAAAGACUUUGUAGCUUUCAUGUCAUCAGAGGAAUUGAAUAUCCUUACAUCUUAACCUACAUGUUUUGUCUGCGUGUCUCGUGUGUGUGAACCAGUCGUACGUAACCACCUCGUCUUCCCUGAUUGGUGGAGAGCCAUUUUAUACCUCGACAUUGAUAUUUAAAAGAGGCCAGUAUUUUAGAGGGGUAUUGAGGACAAAUGCUUUACUAGAUAAAACUUAGAUUCUGCACAACCAAAAUUGUCAAACUUGUCUAGAAUUGUGGUAAGGCAUUAAUGGCAGAAUCCAUUAAAUGUUCAAUUGGUUGUGAGGUAAGAGGGCCUGCAGACUGAAAAACACUGAAAUAAGCACACUGUUUUGUCAGAUUUGCACUAGUUCGUUAAAGCACACCAUGAAUCUACUCAAUUCCUUUGGAUUUUUGUUCCGUAUUUGUUUUAAACCGAAUAAGCUAGAUGUGAAGUACGAUGGACGGACCAUUUUUAUAAGCGUGGUUGUGCUGCUCUUGACAUUGUUAAACUCGCCUCUAGCUGCUGGUUGGUAGACAGUAUGCCCUUUUUUUGUGAUUUAGAUAUGAAUAGAUGGCCACGUAACUGAUCCCACAUCAGCACACAAUGGCAAACUUUGCAAAGCGCACUUUAAUAAAAAGAUGCAGCCGAGAUCAUUUUGCAAGUCUGUCAAUUAACUAUCUUGCCCAAACUCAAGCGGUGCUUUGAUUUUGUGCAUAUGGAUUGUUAAAAAACUUUUUAGUCUGGGAUUUAAGCUUGUGAUUGCUGGCACUAAAUUGAUAAGAGUCAAGGCCAGUCUUCAUUCUGUCCUGUUGAUAUUUUGAUUUCGAAGUUUUCUAUUGUUUUCCUUGUGUUCUCAUGCGUGUGUGUGCGUGUGUGUGUGUGCGCGCAUGCGUGUGUGUGUUUCCUUUUAUGGACCAUGCUGGUAGAUUAUAUUUUGUUUGUUUGAUUUUAUAUGCAAGCCAAUGGAUUCCCCCCCAGAUUUUCCAUUUCUUAUAUGAGCCACUGACAUUGCUGUUAUGUCCACAAAACCACUUCAUCUGUCUGCGUAAUGCUGAUCCACUAGUUUUCUUGUAAUUUUACAAAAUUAAGAUGAGUUUGUAUUUCCCCUUGACCUUUUCUCAGUGUAUCAUGCUCAAAGAUUUUAUAUCCUAACCUUUCGGGUUACAAACUUUGUAAUUUCUGUGUAUCUCUUUUAAAUACAUUUUAUGUAUUUGUUAUUUUUAGAAUGUUAAUUAAAAUAAUAUAAAUUGAAAA